AUCGGAUCUACUGCUAAAUUGUCAGCCCCCGACACAUUCACGAGAGCUCUCGUGCAAGCUUUGCUGGAUCUGUCCGCGUGUGUGCGGAGCUUGUUGAUUAGUCUAGGAAAAUGGCGUUGUAGAAAAUUGGAUGCUGGUGGCUUAAGGUGGGCAGUUUGAAGCAGCAGACUCGGGAAAGAUUUUGCAAGUUUUGGAGGGUAAUUUGGUUUUUUUGAAGUGGGGUGGGGUUUUGCGUUUCAGCAGUUUGGGAUUGUUUGUUUGGGUUUGCAUCGAAGAUCGUCGAAGCAGUGAGGGUUUAGGCCAACGGGUGGUGGGUGCUCGGCGUCGUGGAAAAUUGGGGCGGGUCCGUAGAUACCAAGGCUGGUACCAUGUUUCUUGUAGAUUGGUUUUACGGCUUUCUUGCGAGCAUAGGGCUGUGGCAGAAGGAGGCCAAAAUCCUGUUUCUGGGUCUCGACAAUGCUGGCAAGACUACUCUUCUGCACAUGCUCAAGGAUGAGAAACUGGGGCAACAUCAACCAACGCAGUAUCCAACGUCAGAGGAGUUGAGUAUCAACAGAGUGAAGUUCAAAGCAUUCGAUCUGGGUGGCCACACAAUCGCUCGACGCGUGUGGAGGGACUACUAUGCUAAGGUGGAUGCUAUAGUGUAUCUCGUCGACGCAGUAGACAGGGAGAGAUUUGCUGAGUCAAAGAAAGAGCUCGAUUCUCUUCUCUCCGACGAUUCUCUGUCCCAAGUUCCUGUGCUCGUCCUGGGAAACAAGAUUGAUAUCCCGUACGCUUCUUCUGAAGACGAGUUGCGGUUCACACUUGGGUUGACCAUGACCACUGGUAAAGGAACGGUGAACCUGGGAGAUAGCAACAUUCGGCCCAUUGAGGUUUUCAUGUGCAGUAUUGUGCGCAAAAUGGGGUACGGUGAAGGUUUCAAGUGGAUGACCCAGUACAUCAAGUGAUUGUUUUCCUGUGAAAGAGGAACUUAGCUCGGUGUUUAAGAGCGACGAUAACGAUCAGAGUUUUGCUGGAUGUGCAUGUAAUCGGGAACGUUUUGGUUUUCUAGACAGUUUUUGACCUUCCGAAUUAUGAAGUAAAGUGUAUCUUCCAAAUAUUGUUCCCCCA